AUGAGACGUCGAGGUCGAGAUGAAAAGUUUCCAGAUAAUGGCUUCGAAGCCUGGGGUGGGUAUAUGCAUGCGAAAAUUGCCAAAUUGGAAGAACAGUUUAGUGCAAGAGCUGGAAGAGAGGAUAUCAUAACUAACAUUUUCAAUGGUGUGAGUAUUUAUGUCAACGGAUUUACUAUUCCUUCUGCAGAUGAAUUAAAAAUUUUGAUGACCAAGCAUGGAGGUAUUUACCACACGUACCAUAGAAGUGACGAUUAUAUCAUAGCUUCCAACUUACCUGAUACUAAGGUUAAAAAUAUGUCUCUCGUUAAAGUUGUAAAACCUGAAUGGAUAACUGACAGUAUAUCCUCCAACCGCUUGCUAGAUUAUAGAGAUUACUUACUUUAUAAAAACUCUAGAACUCAAAGACAACUCAAUUUUAAUAAAGUUCUUAAAAAUGAUGAUUUCUUCCUUAGUGAGACAAAGAGUUUUAAUUGUGAGUCUGCAAGUCUAUUUCCAAAUGAAAUACAAAGUACAGUUUUGGCAGAGCAUAAUGUAGAUGGCAUAACAAUGCAUAAGAAUGAAAUAGAAUCUAAACCAAUUCCAAAUGACUCCGUACCAUCUACCUCUAAUACAAUUCUCUUAGGAAAAAGUAAAGAAAAUAACUUUGUCGGUGUGGACAUAAAUCAAUAUAAACAGAGUACUGUGGCUAAAACAGCAGCAGACCCUAAUUUUAUUUCAGAAUUUUACAAUAAGUCAAGACUACAUCAUAUCUCACAAUUAGGGGCAAGUUUUAAACAACAUGUUAAUGAUUUAAGAGAAAAUAGUAACUUCUUAUUUCCUGCUAGAGAGGAUUUAAAAAAAACAAUUUUAUCUACAGUUGAUUGCAACAAUUUUUCUCAGUUUAAAUUUGAGAAAAACAAAGUGAUUAUGCACAUUGAUAUGGAUUGUUUCUUUGUUUCUGUUGGUCUACGAAAUAGACCCGACCUUCGUGGCAAACCCAUUGCUGUAACUCACUCUAAAGGUGGGCAAGCUAGAACUACACGGCCAGGUGUUGACAGAAACACAGAAUUUGGUCUAUACAAACAGAAACAAAUGAAAAAACUUGGCAUGGCAACUGGAAAACCAGAAGAUGAAAUUGUUUUUGAGACCAGAGUGGAUAACAUUACUGAUGAGGAUGAUAAGUACGGUUCUAUGAGUGAAAUAGCCUCUUGUUCUUAUGAAGCUCGAGCUAAAGGCAUUAAAAAUGGGAUGUUUAUGGGUGCAGCUCUGCAACUGUGCCCAGAUUUGCAAACUAUACCCUAUGAUUUUGAUGGAUACAAAGAAGUUGCCUAUACUUUGUACAAUACUAUUGCACAGUAUACUUUAGAUAUAGAAGCUGUGUCCUGUGAUGAGAUGUAUGUGGAUUGUACGGAGUUACUAGCAGAUAUGAAUGUAAAUGUACAAAGUUUUGCUACAAUGUUAAGAGAGGAAAUUAAACAUAAGACAGGAUGUCCAUGUUCUACAGGAUUUGGAGGUAAUAGGUUACAAGCCAGACUGGCUACCAAAAAGGCAAAACCAGAUGGACAGUUCUUUCUCACAGAGGAUCUGGUUGAAGAUUUUAUAUUUGAAAUUAAACUAAGUGAUUUACCUGGUGUUGGUAGACAGACAGCACAGAAAUUAGAGUCAUUAGGUCACGUGACAUGUGGUUCACUUCAAACUUUAACCUUAGCUACUCUCAAAUGCCAGCUAGGAAUUAAGACUGGUGCUCAAUUAUUUGACCAAUGUCGUGGACGCGAUCCAACUCCUUUAACAUUUCACACUGUAAGGAAAUCAGUCUCUGCAGAAGUAAACUAUGGAAUUAGAUUUGAAAAUGAAAACCAGUGUAUAGAAUUUUUAAAACAAUUGUCGGCAGAAGUGCACUCCAGAAUGCAGCAAUAUAAAGUUUUGGGAAAAUGUAUAACACUGAAAUUGAUGGUCAGGGAUGAAGAAGCCCCUGUAGAAACUGCAAAGUUCAUGGGACAUGGCUUUUGCAAUGUUAUUAAUAAAUCAUCUUCAUUGAGCACUGCAACUAAUGAUAUCGGGAUAAUAACUAGAGAAGUCAUCUCAAUUUGCAAGAAACAAAAUAUAAAUCCUAAAGAAAUGAGGGGUAUUGGAAUACAAGUCACAAAGCUUGAACUUCUUAAUAGCAAACCAUCAAAGGGAUCAAUAAGCAAGUUUUUGUCAAAUAAUAAAGUUGUUGUCAAAAAACAAACCGAGGUGAAAUCAGAACCUAUUAGUGAUUCCAAAAUUUUCGAGGUUGCAGAAUCUAUCAAAAAACCUACAACUAAUGAAUCUUGCGGUUCUACUUCGCCUAAGAAAUCUCCAAUUUCUAAAAGAAGAGGAAGGCCACCAAAAAGUUUAAAAAUCCAGCUAUCCUCUAAAAAUAAUUCUAUGAACAAAUUCCUUCUAGGCCAAAAUGUGAUAAGGGAUUUGCCGUACAAAGACCCGAUGAAAAAAGAUAUUCCCAAAGAAGUACCACACAAUGUAGACCAGCCUAGACCCAAAGGUUUGUUAGGACUACCUUGGGACCAAGUUAGGGAAUUGCUAAGAGCAUGGCUGGAGAGUGGACAGAGCCCACUUCAAUGUGAUGUUGAUAUGAUUGUUGAUUAUCUACAGGAUAUGGUAGUUAACAAGAAUACAGAAAAACUAUUUGUUUUAAUGAAUUUUCUAAGAAGGAUGACCAAAGAGAUUGGCCGCAAUGAUUGGCUAAAAGUAUAUAAUCAUGUAACAGAACAAGUACAAAAUGCUAUGGUAGCUGUUUAUGGCAAAAGAUUGUUUAUACCAGAUUAA